AUGGAUCUGCUUGAGCGUUGUCAGCUACUAGGAGUAUCCCCCAACGUUGAGCCGCGGCGACCCGACCUUUUCCCGGCCCCGCGUGAUCCUGACCCCGGAACCUUGUCGGCGGCGGGGCCCGAUGCCAUCGCUCUAGGAACAUGCUCCAACUCGUCCAUUUCACGAACAAAUACAACACGGAGCUUCUGCAAGUACCACCCGGUACGUUGCAGCUAUUCACGCUGCAACAUGGAGGACGACAUGUUCCAAAAUGAAUAUGGGCAAGGCGAUGACACGUCGCCACUGCCGGACCUGGAUUUCUCAUCCAUCUCAGACGACCUACUUUCUCAGUUCCUCUCACCCUUUGAUACCCCCAGUCUGCUUUGGUCACAGUCUUUUCCCAUAGCUCUGGACAAUCAUCCACGAGGCUUUAUGCGUGCCGACGAAAUUUUCACCGAGAAUGGCGGACCAAUCCCGCUGCCACCGAGAUUUGCCCAGAUUAAACGAAGCCUGGUCGCCGGCAAGGAGCACGCCAUAGUGCAAUCAUGGGAACGCUUAUUAGUAGCUCUUCGAGCCGAGAUCGCCGUCAUUGGCGUCAGGAAAUCAGACAUCAUCCCGACCAUCGACUUCUCGGAGCUCCAGAACCAUACCCGCGUGUCCGAGUUCACUGCCAAGCUCCGGCGCCGAGGUGGUGCCAUUAUCCGCAACGUCGUACCGGCCUCCGAGGCUCAUGCUUGGCGCGAAGAGACGGAGACCUACCUGUCGGAUAACCCGCACACCAAGGGCUGGCCGACGCGCGACCCUCACUUAUUCGGUAUCUACUGGUCCCCGUCACAGAUCAAGGGCCGAGCCCAUCCCAACGUCUUGGCCGCUCAGCGAUUUCUAAUGCGGCUUUGGCGCCCUCGGGACCCCAGUGCUCCUGUGGUGGCUGACCUGCCAGUGGCAUACGCUGAUCGAUUACGAAUCCGAACCCCAGGCGACGAAGCCUGGCAUCUGAAUGCUCAUGUGGACGGCGGCAGUGUCGAGCGGUGGGAGAGUGAUGGUUACGGGAACGCUGGGACGUACCAGCGCAUAUGGGACGGCAAAUGGGAGGACUACGAUCCCUGGGAUAGCAGUACGCGGCUCAGAGUCACUUCAGACCUCUACAACGGCGCGGGCUCAUGUAGCAUGUUCCGCAUGUUCCAAGGCUGGCUUUCCAUGUCCGACAUCAACCCGGCCGACGGGACCCUCCUGCUUUGCCCCAUGCUCCAGCUCGCCACUGCCUACUUCCUUCUACGCCCCUUUUUUUCACCGCGCAACCCCUCGCCAACGUCUCCCAACUUCCUCGCACGCGAGAAUUGGGCGCUGGACUUUGCCCAGACGAGCAUCAUCCAGGGCGCCGUCCCUUCCUACACACAAGAGCUUAACUCGGCGCUCCACCCCCAUCUCCAGCUAGACAAAUCCCUCGUGCGCAUCCCGCCCGUGCGGCCGGGCGACUACGUCGUGUGGCACCCGGACAUGGUAUACGGCGUCGACAGGGUGCCGACGUCGGCCGCGCCCGCGACCAUCAUGUACAUCCCGGCCUGUCCCCUGACGCAAACCAACGCGCUGUACCUCGCUCGCCAGCGGAAGGCUUUCCUGCUCGGCCAGCCGAGCCCGGACUUUGGGGGCGGUAAGGGGGAGACGACGCAUACAGGUCGCCCCGGGACGCAGGAGGUCAGCGACGCGGGCGGGGAGGACGGGCUUAGGGCUAUGGGGCUGCUGCCGUGGGAGGAUAAGGAGGACAGGAGUCCGACGGAGAAGGCGCUGGUUGGGAUGGCGAAUGCGAUUCUGUUUCCUGAGAGUUAUGAUAUGGUUUGA